GACUCACAACUUUUGGCUUAUACUCUCUCACACGACACAAAUUACACGCUUCCAUAACCAAUCUCGUUUUCUUAUAUUCAAUCUCAGAUUUCACUUCUCAACUUCUUUUCAUUUUUCCUUCUUCAUCAACCAAUCUACCACCACAUGCUGAAACAUGACAAGAGUUAACAGAAGAGAUUCCAAUAACACCACCAACAACAACACUUUUGAUACUAUAAACGCUGCUGCUUUUGCUAUAGCUUCUUCUCAGAAUCACGCUUCUCAAUCUGUUAAUCAGAAGAAAAAAUGGGGAAACUGGUUGAACAUAACCGGGUGUUUUGGAUAUCAGAAGAAUAACAGAAAGCGCAUUGGACAUGCUGUUCUUGUUCCAGAAACAACAACUGCUGGAACAGAUGCUGCUGCUGUUGCUAAUGUUGUUAGUUCAACAGCUCAAGUACCGCCGAGUAUAACUCUUCCAUUCAUUGCUCCUCCUUCGUCUCCGGCGUCAUUCUUUCAAUCCGAACCUCCUUCGACCGCGCAAUCACCCGUCGGUUUAGUAUCUAAAACUUCUGUAUCUGCAAGCAUGUACUCGCCUGGCGGGCCUAACUCAAUCUUCGCCAUUGGCCCUUACGCGCACGAAACGCAAUUAGUUUCGCCGCCUGUUUUCUCGGCUUCGUCAACCGCUCCUUUCACUCCACCUCCCGAGUCUCUCCAACUGACCACGCCGUCUUCGCCCGAGGUUCCGUUUGCUCAGCUAUUUGACUCCAAUAACAGAAACUCUGAGACUUAUCAGAGAUUCCAAAUAUCUCACUAUGACUUCCAAAAUUAUCAGUUUCAACCUGGAAGCCCGGUUGGUCCGCUGAUAUCACCAAGAUCCGCGAUCUCGGUGUCUGGUACCUCGUCUCCUUUGCCGGAUGAGUUUCAAACAGCAGACACUGCUAAGCUUCUCAAACUGGAUAGCUUCUCAACUUAUGGUAAACAGAAGUCGAAUCAAACUUCUGGAUCUAUAACACCAGAUACCGUAAAAUCCACUACUGCUCAAGCUGGUUUUCAUCCAAGUAAUUGGGUUUCUGAUAUCAAAAUCUCCCCUUGUCCAACCAAUAACCGCCGAAAUGAGAUUAGUGUAAAUCACCGGGUCUCAUUUGAAUUAUCCGCCGCUGUGGAAAACAAGCCAACAACAUCAUCCGCAUGGACUAAAGUCCUGUCGAAAUUUAAAAGCGAAGCAGCAGCAGGAACACCAGACAAAGAAGAGAAUGACUGUGAUGACAAACAAGUUGUAACAGAAACACUUAUUGAUGCGCCGAAGCAAACAAAACCCGCUUUGGUUGGAGACGAUGCAACAGCUCAUGAGAAGGAUCAAUCAUUAACCCUUUCUUCAUCUUCUACGAAAGAAUUCAAUUUCGACAGUGCAGAUGGAGGCGAUUCUCAUGCACCAAACAUAGUUGCUGAUUGGUGGGCUAAUGAGAAAGUUGCAGGGAAUGAAGGAGGGGCCUCAAAGGAUUGGUCUUUCUUCCCAAUUAUUCAACCUGGUGUUAGCUAACAAGUAAAGGAUUAACAUAUAUAGUGGAUUUUAUUCGCAGAAUUUGUGCUACUACUUGGCAAAACCCAACAGCAACAGCACCUGCUAAAUUGAAUGGUGGUGAUUGGGGAGACUAACACAGUGGUGGUCUGGAUUUUGAACACAAUGGCCUCAAAAGCAAUAGUGAGUUUGAAUAAUUUGUGUUUAGAAGCUUCUUUUCCCACCUCAGAUGUACUUGUUGGGAAGUAUACUUCUGAAAAAUAUACAAUUUUUUUGGACAAAGUGUGGUGUCAAAGAAGUUACUUUUGUGUUUACGUAGGUUUUACUAAGUUUGGGUUAGAAAUAGCUGUAUAUAUAUAUUUUAAGUGUUUGUAACUUAUAUUCUGUUGAUUGAUAUGUAAUUUUGUUUGCAAUUCUCA